UGUUCUACUCUGUGGAUAUUAAACAUUUUUGUUCCAAGUCCAACUUCCAAGUUCAAUAAUUUUUCAGAUUUUAUUGUAAAAUAUAAAAUACAUCAAUGCCCUUAAAAAAUGUUAUGCGUUUCUGUAACAAUCGCAACACAUUUUCAUAAAUAAAUAAUAGUAUUAUAUUUCUUUGUUCAGUACGUAAUGCGUUGUGCUUGUGCGGAACAAGAAUGACAAGAGUAGUGCUCUAAAAAAUGUAUAGUUCUAAUCGAUGUUGGUGAUGGAAUCUUACGAGGACUCAAAUUGCCCUUCGAUGAGCGACAGUCUCUCAUUAUACGAUCGAUAUAUGCGGAGUUUUAACCUCGUCAAUUUCGACCACCGCGUAAGUGAACCGUGCAACAAAUCCGACAGCUCGAAUAGCGGAGGCAACAUUGACUUGUCUACUAUUAUACAAUCCACUAUAGAGAAGCACAAUGAUAAUGAGACAGAUUUCAAAGCGAGCAGCCCUUUAAAUCCAUCCGUGGACAACGUAGAUAAAAUUCUAGAUCAAGAUUUAGUUAAAAUCGAAUCACCUUGUACUUCCCUCGCAGCAUCUCUGUCUGAGACAUCGUUCGGGGCGAAUCACUGUUUGAACGACAAAUCGGAAACCAUCCCAGUGUCCUCCGAGGAAUCCAAAUCCGAAGGUUUUCGAACAGUCUUUAUAACCUCUACAAUGGAGAAUAGUAAUAACGCAGUCGACAGUGUACCGAUGUUUCGUGACGUAAAACAAACGGAAAACGUUUUCAAACUUCCAAUAAGAGAACUAUCAUUCAAUGGUACCAUAAUUAAACAUGUGCAAAAAUUGAAACCGAUAGUAGAUCCUAUCACAGCACUAAGCAGUGCUAAUGGCCUCAAUUUAAAUGAAGAAGUAGACUCAGAAGAUACAUCAACACCAGGUGUACUCCAUUUGCAAAGCAAUAAUGAAAAGAGUUCACAGAUUAUGAGUAAUAUAGAAGUUGUAGGUACUAAUGGCUUUACCUUAAACUUACAUGACAUAGGAAAUAGCAUACCAGUGAGAGAUGAUUUUAAUUCGCAAAGCGAUAGUAACGAAAAGAGUGCAGUGGAAUCUGUGAGUAACAUUAAAGUCACAGAGAGUAAUGACGAGCAUGAAGAGGAAAAUUCUUCUAAAGAUGGAAACUCCAAGUGGAAUUUAGAGCAGAGUUACUCCUCCCUUGAAGCGUCUUUUGACAGUGGUGUGCGUUCUCCAGAUAUGUUCUCUGAGGACGAUGAUGCUGAGCCUUGUGUGGCUGAGCAACCUUUCUGGUGUUUCCUCAAAGACUAUGAAGCGUAUGAUAAACGAAAAGUUAGGAAAAUUGAGGAAACAUUACAAGGAGUAUUACCACCACCUUCAGUUACAACCCUAAAGACAGAUGUCACACAGAUGCUCAAAAAAUACUACUGUUUUCUCCCAGCAUUUAAUGGAGAAGAAAAUGUUACCAUAGAGGAUAACUCUAUGACACCAACCAAGAAGGUUUCAUUCAUAACCAGACCAUCUGGACCAAUGAUUUCAGAUGAUUUCCAAGAAAUAGCUGAUGAGGCAUCUGUAGGAAUUUUAAAUAAGAUAUUUGAUAAGGAAACUAUGAAGACUGAAUCAGAAGCAAAUACUAGUUUAAAUGAUAAGAGUAUUCAAUUAAAAUUGGGUACAGAGGUAGAAGCUGUCAAGACUGGGUGGCCUGACGUUUUGAAAUGCAAGUUUCAUGAUGUUUAUUACAACAGAAACUGUUACUCAGAGAAGUAUGAGCUCCUGAUCCAGCGCUAUGGAGAGAGGUUUGUUGGAGCCGAGACAGACACCAGUGUGAAUAUCUACUCUGGAGGACUACAGUCCCCAAGCAGUGCUAGCAAGCGAAAAGCACUGAGGUUGAAGAUGGCUCAAGUGAAGUCGCCCGGUCGGAGGCUCUCUCACCUGGCGCGUCGGCGACAGGCUUUCUGUAGCGCUGCCACCAUCAAUGAGAAAGCACAGACCAGCAACUCCAAAAUGGUGCUGAUUGAUAAAAAUUUCUUCCCGCACAGAAAGGUGAUCAACUCGGCCGAACGAAGAAGCCCUAGAACAAAACGGUCCCCAGGCAAGAAAACACCCACACGCAAGACACCAGGGAAGAAAACACCAGGCAAGACACCAAAAGGCCAAACCGGAUCAAGCAAGAAGAAAGCUAUGAGACGUUUACUCAUGGACGAUACAAUUACAAGGUCCCAGCCUAGAGAGUCCCUGAAAAGAGCACUUUUUGUUAGUCCAGAACACAAGAAGAUUGUUCCGGCAAAUCCUUCAUUUUCACAACAAGCCUUAAAAUCAAAACGGGCCUUAUUUAGUUCACCAGUGCGACAGGCUGAGACUAAAAGUCUAGAUGGGACUUCCAGUGACCAGUUUUUGAAGAGGAAACGUGAUUUUGACGAUGAAGACAGCAAUGGUCGGAGUAAAAUUGCCAAGAGUUUGUCGUUUGGUGGUGAGAAUGUUGGGACUUCGCAACCCCUUUUCCCUCGACGUGCAUCCGAAUUGUUGACUACGAAGAAUAUGGCUGAAUUGAACGAGAUUCAUAAGAAGAAGUUAUGCUGGGCCGUGACGGAGGCGCUCCGCCUGCACGGCUGGCGCAUGUCGUCGCCCGGGUUCAGGGAGAAGGCGUCCGGGCUGGCGCGCCUCACCCGCAAGCUGCUCACGCUGCCGCCGCACGCCGCCAAGCUGGCCGCGCCCAAGCUCUCCACCUCGGACACCUUGUUCAAACUCGCCCGUCAAUACGUGUUCGCUAUCAUCCAAGGGCGCACCGUCGAAGAGUGCUUCCAAGACGAACAGAUCAAACUUUCCACGGAAUCCAACAAACUGUCUGGAUACAUAACAGCUACAGCAUAUCAGCAAAUGAAAGCCAAGCAAGCACCGUGCACGUUGACCUCCCAAGUCAAAGAGAACACAUGCAACGAGGGGCCAUCCAAAUUGGAACAACCUAGAAGUACAUCGAAGAACAUAUUGCAAGACAAAAUGGUGAAUAUUGACACCAAUUCGAAUAGCAGCGGAUUCGGGGCAAUGGAUAAAAUUGGUGUUUUCAAAUCUAACUCCAUGCCUUCGUUCGAAGAAGCUGCCAAAAUGAGGGCGAGGAGACAGAUCAGUUUUGAUAAUGUGGACUUUCCUAAAAGGUGAUGAUAUGUGAUUACUUAAGUGAUUGUAUAGGAUAGAAACAGUGGCGCGCACUCGGCUUUUAACUAGUAGUACGAGAUCCGGUGUAAUAAAUAUAUACCCUCAUCUGUUAUUUAAUUGGGAUAAGAAAUAAAUGAUAGAAAAUAUUCACAUUGACACAUUGUCUAUUUAAAUUGCGGUUGAACAGUGUUAAAUGAUUAUUUUUUUUUAUUUAUUCUCCAUGAUUUUUAUUUAUUUAAUCUCCUACCCUUCAAUGGACCUUUCUUGACGAGUAAUGUUAAAUUAAAAUAAACAAAUUUAAAAAAACAAAUUAAAAAUGAGGGUAUAAAUCACUAUUCACUUCACACCUAAUAAUUAUUAUAAUUCAAUUGUUCUUAAAUUAAUGAAAAUAAAUUUGAAUAAUAAGCUUAGAACAAUUAGAUAUGGUUUAUAUAUUUUAUAUAACAUUUUAUAAACAAACCAUACAUAAAUUAAAAGAGUUGCCAAUACCAAUACCAUACAGAAAGGCUGUAGUAUAGUUAAUAGAAUACACACAAAAGAAUUGAAAAAGUAAAGGUUGCCUGCUUUCACACUGCAACUGUGGGGUUGGCAGAUAUAAAAGGUUAAGUAAUGUUAUUUAUAUACCCUCAUCAAUUAUUUAGCCGUCUAAUAUCUCAAAUGAAAGCUUAUUUUAUGAGUAAUUUAACUGUAUUAGGUUGCCUUUUAUCAAUUAUAUGGUUUACUAGAUUUUGUAUGGCAACCAAUUUGCAAUGUGUCUCUGUACAUUAUCAUUUAUUUCAUAGCACUAAUGAAUAACAGAUGAGGGUAUAUAUUUCUAACGCCGGAUCUUAGACUAUAGGGUAUGCAUAAUAUAAAUUGUACAAAAUGGAAUAUUUCUCCUUAAAUACAGGUUCAUAUUUUUGCAUCUAAAUGUAUAUAAAGUGCACGCCAUUGGAUAGAAAGUCUCCAUAGGGUUAAUUGUGAAAUUUGACUAUUUUUUAUAAGUUAAUACGAAGCACUUAUGUCAUUUAGGUUGUUGACUUGACUACAUUUUAAUUUGUUUUUUAUGACACUUUCAGGAAAAAAAGUCAAUAUUAUCUUUAGGCGGCGCAAUUAUUACCAGCUUUAGUGUUCUCUUUUACCCGCCAAGAGAUAGAUAGAGACGACACGAUGGCGGCACUUAUGAUUGGUUCCGUUUUUGGCCACGCGCUAACUUAUCUUGCGCGCGCUCUAUGAUACAUUAUCGAUGGUAGUGUUUUUAAGUUUGAGAUACCAAAAUCAGUUGCAUUUGGUAUCUAAAGAUGAAGCAAUAAAGUCUACAUUUCAUUGCACAUACUCGUACUUGUUUUUAAUAUAAUGAUCAUUGUUGUAAUUUGUGAUUAGUGAGUUAUUUAUUCCAAUAAUUCAAUACUUCUUCGUACAUAUUCGGCGGUUAGAUAGAUUUCUGUGGAUUUUAGAGAUUGUCUUAAUUAGCCUAAAUAGGAUAUUAACAAAAUUUUGUCUGGAUCAAAUGGUUGAGCUUUGUGGUUAAAACUGAAGCAAAAAGUCAAAGUUAGGACUACUCUUCAUAUAUAUGGAAUAUGAAAGAAUUUUAUGCUUCUUUUUAACCGACUUCAAAAAAGGAGGAGGUUCUCAAUUCGUCUGUAUGUUAUACAAUUGACAAGAUUAAGGAUUUCGUUACAUUGUGUGGGGAAUUUGACAAAAAACCCAUCAGACAACUUAUCAGAAGGUAGUGAAACCGACCCUUAAUGUAUUUGGUAGCUGCAACUAAGAUUUUUUUUUAUUUUUAGAAAGCAGAACUUAACAAAUUCAGGUACAACCAUUGACCUCUUAUAAUAAAAGAACGCACAAUAAUGUAGAAAAUUUCACUUAAAAACUGGCCAAUUUUGCUUUGACAGUUUUAGAAUUAUUGGGUAAAGAAAAUUAUACCUAAAGGCCUUUAAAUAUAGUCCAAUAUUUAAUAAAAUCCCAAAUUCAGAGCAAAGUCAACCUUAUGGAUUGAGUUUAAGAAUGAAUUUGCAAAUGCGACUACUUGAAUUGAGUGCCAAGAAGUUGUUUGACACUCAUUGAGUGGGGACGUUUUGGUCUCUGAUUGUGCAUCCACUUUUUAAUAGGAGAUCUAUUCGUAAGUCCUGUAAAUUAAUCCAUAGCAAAAUAUAAGGAGUAUCAAUAAAUUCAUAUGAAUUUGUUGUUUGGUGAUACUUCAAUUUAAGCAUAUUGGUUUAAAAAUUAGUUACACAAUAUUUGGAAUCACCCUUGUCUAGUUUAAAUUAAAUAAUUCAUGGAUACGACUAAUAAGUGCUUCCUAAAGAUGUGUUUUUACUGUAGACAGCAAUCGUAUACAGCAAUAUUUUUUCCUGAUUGAUAUUGUUUGUAAUUCGGUAAGUGACCAACGCGUCGGCAAAUAUUGUAGCGAUUAAUUAUUAUUGAAAUAUAAACGUCCUAAAACGAAUGUUUAUGCUAGCAUUGGUAUAUUUGUACAUAUAAUGAUAUUCACUUGCUUCGCUACGUCGAAGCUCACGCUUAGUUUAGUAUUUUAGUCGAGUACGAACGAUUUAAAUCCUAAAAUUGUUCGUACUCGACUAAAAUACUAAAGUAGUCCGGACUAGGCCUUAAGGCUGGCGCAUAUGUGGCGAAUCGUGGAAAUAGCGGGCGAAAUAUUCUACAAACACAUUAGGAGAUUCUAUGAUGCGCAAAUCUAAUCAAAAAUCAUAAAAUCUAAAAAAAUAAUCAAAAAUAGAAAUAACAAUCUUAAUAUAUAAAUUCGAAAGGAAAAAAAAUGGGCAGGGAGGUAGUUUAUAGUUAGUAGGUAUCCAUUAAGAACGGAUUUUGCGAUAGGGCCGGAUUGAAGAGGUCUAAGGGCGGACGAAGUUGUGGGUGUUGCGCUAGUAUUAUAUAAUUGAUCCAAUGUGUGCGAGCUAUGCCAUCAAUGUCAGUAAUACUUGUAGUUUGAAUAGUUUGUCUACGUUUAGAAGUCUGUUUGGCUUUGCAUGUAGAGGUGGUAAGAGAAAGAGUUUGACAAUAGAAAAUUGUCAAUUACAAUCCCGGAAUAGGAUGACUUUACUAUUUUAAACCGACUUCAAAAAAGGAGGGGGUUCUCAAUUCGACGUGUAUGUUUUUUUUUUUAUGUUUGUUACUUCAUAACUUCGUCAUUUAUUAAUCAAUUUUGAAAAUCCUUUUUUUGUUUGAAAGAGUAUAUUUCCUGAUUGGUCCCAUUUAAUUUUCAUGAAAAUUGGUUUAGUAAUUUUGUGUUACAAUCAAAAUAACUGAAAUACGUUUUUGAAGUCGGUUCAAUUUUUAUGUUAAAAAGAUUAUUCAUAUUACUAGCAAGCUUAGCAAGAAAGAGAUUAUUAAAAAAUAAUUAUUAAAUCUUACUAAAGGAAUUCAAAUAAAAAUUAAUUGAAUAUUUGUGGGCUACAGCUCGUAAAUUAAUAUUAAAAAUGCACCACGCGGCGACUCGCUCUAUAUGCGCCGACCCUUACUGUUAAAUUAUUUAUAAUUAUAGUUUUAUUUUGUUGUUUUACAACUUAACAUUAAUUUUAAUCGUAGAUGUGAUGACGAUUGGUCGUUUUUAUUAUUUCUUGUAUUGUCUGUUUGUAUUGCUUAAUAACUAAUAAGUCGGCGAAAGUUGAUUUUAAAACUCAAAUAAGCCUUGCUUAAAAUUUUCUAGUGAAUUAAUUUUACGACUGAAAUAUCUUUAUUUUUAGUAGAAAAUAGUUUUGUGUUGACGACUAUGUUUUAUUAUUAUUUAUGGCAACACUUUAUUAUUAAACCGUAAUAAUCCAAAUAAUAAUAUAUUUGUGGAUUAUCAAAAUUAAACCAUUUUUUUACACAUUGUACAUAAAUGAAAAUAUUUUACUGUGUCAAUGCUAUAAUUAUUCUAACAUAUAAACAUUUUGAAAGAAAAACAUUGAAAGUGUUAUUGAGAGCAAAAGUUAAAAGUUAGAAAUAUGAUACCUACUAUAUCUUUCUUGAUUCAAUCUAUCUUUUGGAGAAAAAGGAAGAAUAGUCGCUCAGUAGUUUCUGAGACUAGCCCGAACAAACAAACUCAGCGUUGCAGUAAAUCUAAACUCUAAUUCAUAACAUGUAGAUAUUCAUUGAUAUGGCAACCCUAGCAGAGAUGCUGGAAAGAAAUGUAAACAAAAGUAAUAUAUUUUGAGAAAAAAAAAUGUUUUUAAAUUAAACUAAUAAGGUGGCAACACUGGAGCUGCUAUAAUGUAUUGUCCUUUUCAUGAAAAAAGUCCUCCAGACGCAGCGCUAAUAUCUUAAUGGCGCUGUUAAUUUUAAUUCAGGUUUUAGCCGCGGGACUUCUUUCAUGAAAAGGACUCUAAUACGUUAUCUUUUUAGUUCUAGGAUAAAAUAUGCUGUGCAAAGUUAGAUGUAAAGUGUGACUCGACUAAGUAACUUUUUGAUAAAAUGUGUUACUAUCGCUGAGUUUGAUCUCAGAUCAGAUGUUUUCGUAUUUAAGGGAAUAAUAAAUUUUUUUUUCGCCAAAUA